AUGAAAUUUCGCUUGAAAUUUCAUACAUCAACGUAUUUAAUCAGUCCAGAUGAUAUUAACGACGACUUAUCGAUCGUGGAGUUGAAAACUAAAAUUAAAAAACGGUUUUUAUCCUUGAGAAAGUCAAAUUUUCAUUUAUCCGCUAAUGGAUCAAGUGUCUUAAGUGAAGAAAAAAAAUUAUCAGAAUCCGAUCUUCAUGUGGGAGAUGCUGUAUAUGUAAUCAAUGAAACGAUGUCUUCAUUAUCAAUGGACCAACCGUUGACAUUAGAUGAAGUGCGAGAUAUACACACGUAUCCCGUUAUAAUGCAUCGCUUGGUUGAAUGUUCACAUCCCGAAAAUGACUUUGAUUUCAUUGUUUUGGCGUUGCACGCACUGAUGUUGGAAAGUGGAUUUCAAACGGACACCGACAAUGACUACGAUUUGACGAAAACAAGAAAAUCAUCGACAUUCUAUGUUAUUCGCUAUCGUCAUAAAUUAUGUGAAGAAGAACGUAUUCGAUGUUCAUUAGCAAUCAUGAAAACUGAUUCAUUGGUGACUAUUGAUGGAGUUGUUAAUUCCAUUUCACAAGCAUGUGGAAAACUAUCAUUUAACAUUGCGAAAUAUUUGUAUACACAAAAGGAAGCAAUGGCUCUCGAUGCUGUUCUUCCAUACCAUGAUCUACAACAUCUUUCUCGAUCAUUCAAAGAUAAUCUAGCGAAUCGUUUAUUGUGUAAACUACUGGAAGAGUCAGGCCAGCGGUCUAGUGCGACGCUGAUUGGAUUGCCCAAUGAAAUUAAACUUCGCCUAGCAAAGUACCUUCCGAUAAAAUCGCUACUAGCUCUCCAAGCCACAUGUCGCGAUAUUCACAAUACAUUAAAUGACAAUCUUCUUUGGCAUGAUCUCUGUGUUCGUGAUUUUGAAAAAGCGGCACUAGUGUCAAUUCCUCAAACAUCGGAUAAUGCAGCAAAUGAAAAAAAUUGGCAGAAACUUUAUCGAAUAAUGUAUGCUCAAAAACAACCAACGCCUCGUCAUCAAAUCAAAUCAUCUCCAUUUUUUCAUCCGACAUUAUUCUCAUUCUUUCCACCGAAUCAUCCCACACAUCGAUUACUCUUUCCAGAUACCUCACCUCCGUUUCAUCCGUUUUCUCCCGCAAUCUACCGGCCGAUUCCACCAGGCAUUUUUCGGAUCUGUACAGCAAAUACUCAACAAGCUCAAUCACCUCAACCGCAACAAGCUCAACAUCAUAUCUACUGUCAACCAUUUUUUGGCUUAAAAUGGGUUGUGAUUUUCGCAGCGGCUACAAUGAUUCCAAUCCCACCAUGUUUUCAUCCUGUUUGGCUUGGCUAA